GAAGCUCUCCGGUAAGUUUUUGUGUUUAUUUUUCCAAAAGAACACAAACUUUUACAAACCAAAAGGUGUACGUGGGGCUCAACAUGCGGACGAGAGACCUGAAGGGAAGAACGGACUCCAGUUGGUCAGCAGUGGAGCAGCUGAUGACAUCAAAUAUGAACAGUUUUUAAGGCCUUGGGCCUCGAGUGACUAUAAAGAGUGUCAGAAGAGAAGGACGAGUUGAUCUAGUGCUUCCUCGUAGGAUCCUUCAGGCCCAGGACAGAGACAAGGAGAGACGAUGUCCUCUGAACUGGACUCCAGUCUCACCAGUAUCGACUGGCUGCCUCAGCUGGGAAUCAGCAGCCUGCGCUCCGGGAAAGAGAGAGGAGGAGGCGAGAGGGACAAGAAGAAAGACAGGGGGAGAGAGAGAGGAGACUUUCUACCCUCUCUACCCGACCCCUCCGCUUCCAACUCCAAAGGGAAACCCCCUCACAGCUAUGCCACUCUCAUCGCCAUGGCAAUAGCAGCUGCACCUGAAAGGAAGUUGAGUUUGAAUGACAUCUACACCUGGAUCAGUGACAUGUUUCCCUACUACAGCCGUUCUGGCCGCGGAUGGAAAAACUCCAUUCGACAUAAUCUGUCCCUUAAUAAAUGCUUCAGGAAAGUUCCGCGGCCACAAAGUGACCCCGGCAAGGGUUCCUAUUGGACGAUGGAUGGACCUGCAGAGGUGAAUCAAGUGAGGGCCCUGAAGCGUCCCGAUCCAGAGGAGGAUCUUCCUCAAACAGCGGUGACACAAGCAGAGCGAAGAGCUUCUCCUCAUCCUCCACCAGCAGCCUCCCACUCAGACCAACUUCUGACCAGACAUCAGCUGGGAGCCCUCCAGCAGCAGCCCCUCCGCUUUGCCUCCCUCUCUCCUCCCCCAUGCAAGCAGCCGUCCCCCUACAUGCCAAGCCCCCCCGUGUCCACUCACCCCGUCUCUUCUCCAGCUGGGCUCAACCCUGCUGCCUCCACCUAUUCCAUCCAUUCCUUCCCCCCUCGCCAUCCAUCCGGCCCCACUUGUUCUCCUCCCGCUGCCUCUGCUCCGCCUCUGUCCAGCAUGUCUUCUCCAGCGGCUCCCUCCUUCUCUGCCGCCACUCUGUCCUUUCCUAACUCAGUGUCGGGACCCCCUCUUUCUUCUUCCUCUGCUGCCUCUUUAAACCCCUCCACUGAUCCUCCGCUGCGUUUCACCUUCGAUGAGAUGAACUUACCAGACUUGUAUGCGUCCUUCAAGUCGCUCGUCAAGACCAUGAGGGACAGAGGAGGCUCACAGUCGGAUGCUGCUCCGCAGGCGGUUCUGAACAAUGACGCGACUCAACUUCACACUCCGACUCUGCUACCAAUGUCUCCUCAACAUGCACCACCUGCACCAGCUGCACACCCGCCUGAGACAGAGCGCAUUGCACAACACACGGUGCCAGCCGACUGGUUCAUUAACCCAGAUUCUCUGAAGGAGAGCUUCCGCAUAGCCAGCAGUCUGGACUGGGCCAACAUAGACCUCUCUGGCCACCCAGACCUGCUGGAGAGCAUGCGGCAGGCGGAGCUCUGCGACUGGGCCGUGGACCCGGCGCUCUUCACCUCCCUCUGUGACUCUCUGAAUCGCUUCUUCACUCACAGAGGCAUGAUCACCUCCGGCAGUAACUCCCCACUAGCCCUCGGUGCACCUCACUCCUUACAGGUCCCCCCGUUCACCUCCCAUCCCUCCCCGAUCCUCGCCAGCCUCACUCACCCCUCACCCCUCCCUUACUCUCCCAUAGUGCAGCCGCCCCGCAGGCCUGUGCAGGUGCCUCCGAGACCACAGCCUGCCACCACAACCGCUGGGAUGCAGCCUCAGUCUAUGACAUCACCACAGCGCGCUCCAUUAAAGAGUCUGCACAGCAACAGUGAGGAGAUCCAGGAUGACUUUGACUGGGACUCCCUGCUGGGCUGACCCUCAGCGUCUGUGUGGACAAACCAUGACAACAGAACUUUUCAGAGACAUACGGCAUCCUCACUGAACUCUGCAGAGGCCGCUGCGUCACUUGGAGCUUCUCGGAGAGAAAGUUUGGGAUCAAGUUUGUCACAAAUGACUGAAUGCUGCAUUACAAGGUCAAAGAAGUUGUAAAAUGUUUCACCUUUAUUCAAAUUCAUAUGCUGUAAUAUCACAUUAGCUUCUCUUCUGCAGGUCAUUGGCGGGGUGGCUUUUAGAUUCAUAAACAUGUUCACAAAAGAAAAUAAAGUGUAACAUUAUUGGUGUCACAUUA